GCAAUUGUCACUAACAAAUAAACCAUGGGCACACCAAGAAACAGCGCUGAAGAGGAAAUACAAUUCCAGAAAAAAAGUUUGGGUAGAUAGCAGCUUUGAGCGGGUUUCGUAUGGGGCUGUACUACCAAGAAAGAUGCAACAUUAGCUUUGUUGACACGUGGACCUUCCUGCGGUGCGCCUUAAAGGAGAAGCACUCCUAGUCUGAUGGCAGCUGCGGCAAAAUGAGUCAAUAUUUACUUUAUAUUAAGAUACGAAGUCGUCCACGAUAAUUUGCACUGUUUGCAAAUUAUGCGGGGUAGUUCCCGGGAUAGUUUCCCGGACAGUUGCAGAAUGCCACGCAGGCAGACCGUAAUCGCAGCAACUCUGUGGAAGGAGGAGAAGCGGGGUGAGUAGCUGCUGCGACAUUCCACAAACGCGGAAUGACCCCCGGUCAGAAACCAAGGCAAUCAGUCGGUCAGUAAAAUGACGAAAAUAAGGAAAUUGUUCCGAGGCAGCGGCAGGAUCCUAGGUCUGAUUUUUGCGGCUUCGAUUAUCUGGCUGAUCUUUGACAUGGCAGCGCUGAGGUUUUCCUUCACCGAGAUCAACAGUAAACUUUCCAAGGAGGAAUUCCUGCGCUUGGAGCGUCUCAGGUCGAAGGUGCUGCAGGACGAGGGGUUGCACAAAAUGUUCCGGAGAAGGCCGGGUGGUGGGCUGGUUGGAGGGGAGAGGGUCACCAGGGCUCUCCGUGGAAACCCCGCCGCCCCGAGCCGGCAGCCGGGCGGUGCGGUGGGUUUUGUGCGGAAUAACGAGGAUUUGCGCGCCCGUGCGGCCGCCAAACAGGCCCCAGACAGCCAGCUGCCUUUGGCCGCAGCCGGAACGGUCUGGAAGGAGCCGGACCCUCAGCCCACGGGACCCCGCAGCGACCACCCCCCACUUGCGGACCGAGCCGCCGGCGCCCGGACAACUGUCGCGCAUCCCGGACCGGCGGACGCGGCUUCUUCGCCCACCUUCCUGCCGGGCCCGGGGCAACGAUUAUCUGCGGUCCAAGCGCUUCAGCCUGGUCAGCCGGCGAGCCGGGACGCAGCAGACGUCGGGGUGAUAGUUGUGACAGAGCUGGACCGGGAAGGACAGGUGAACCGCAGCGGACCGGGCAGGGCAGGCGCGGCCGAGGCAAAGGCUGGCACAAACCGCUCGGGAGUGUCAGUGGCUGCAGAUGGACUGGGUUACUGGGUGCCCCUGCCAGGCGGAGACCAGUGGACAGCAGUGAAUGCACCGGUCCGGGCGGCCGGCGCUGUGCAGAUGAAGGAUAUGGUGAACCAAUCACACAAUGAAGCUAAGAAUGGACUAAAGGGUGGAUUUACCAAUAAUACGGAAAAUAAAAUUACUGUCGGUGGUAAAGCAUGGGAUGGGGCCCCAGGUGACCCUGUCAACAAUAUGGAUCGUAAGAUUCCCGUCCACAGUAAGAUUUGGAAGGGGUCGCCAGGUGAACCUGUCAAUAUUACUGACUCAAAGAAUGUUGGAUUAAAGCAAAACAUGAUUAAGUAUACACCUUUAACCAAUGUGGUAGACAAAACGCCAAUUAAUCACGUUGAAAGUAAAAACAUGCCACUUGUUACCGAGAAAAGGGAUUCUUCGGUUAAGAUUGUGGAAAAAGUAAACGUUAAAAUCAAUGAAACGAACGAUCACCGGCUAGGAGGCAAUGUUUUAAAAGGACCAGUUGCUAAUUUGGAAUCUGCCGUAGCAGUACACAAGGUUUUAUCGAUUGACAGGACUAUAUCGCCACGUAACCCUGGGGCUGCCGGUCAGUUUGGGCACCCUGCGGUUGUGCCGAAGGAAGAAGAAGAAAGGGCAAAGGAGAAAUGGAAUGAGGGGCAUUUUAACGUCCAUCUCAGUAAUAUGAUCCCACUGGACAGGAGUAUCCCAGAUACAAGGCCAAAAGGGUGUUCCGACCAAUUGGUUCACAACAGCCUUCCAACAACCAGCAUUAUCUUGUGCUUCGUCGAUGAAGUGUGGUCUACACUUUUAAGGUCUGUUCAUAGCAUCUUCAAUAGAUCACCUGCUCAUCUCAUUAAGGAAGUUAUUCUUGUAGAUGACUUUAGCACUAGAGAAUACCUGAAAGAGAAUUUAGACAUGUAUAUGUCACGGUUCCCAAAAGUUCAUGUUAUUCACCUACAGGAGCGUCAUGGUUUAAUUCGAGCCAGACUUGUGGGAGCAGCAAAUGCAACAGGAGAUGUUCUAACAUUUUUGGAUUCCCAUGUUGAAUGUAACGUUGGUUGGCUGGAGCCACUUUUGGAAAGGAUCCACUUAAAGCGAACAAAAGUAGCCUGCCCUGUCAUAGAAGUUAUCAGUGAUGAGGAUAUGAGUUAUAUAGGAGUGAAUGGUUUUUUACGAGGAGUGUUUACCUGGCCGAUGAAUUUUGGGUGGAAGACAAUACCUGAAGAAAUUAUUAAAAAAUACAAUCUAACAGAAAUGGAUCCAAUAAAAUGUCCAAUAAUGGCAGGAGGAUUAUUUUCUAUUGAUAAGAAAUACUUUUAUGAACUGGGUACUUACGAUACAGGCUUGGAAGUCUGGGGUGGAGAAAACAUGGAGCUGUCUUUUAAGGUUUGGAUGUGUGGAGGAGAGAUUGAGAUUAUCCCCUGUUCAAGAGUUGGCCAUAUUUUUCGUGAUGGCAAUCCAUAUACAUUUCCAAAAGAUAGAAUUAAGACAGUGGAGCGGAAUUUGGCACGUGUGGCGGAGGUUUGGCUGGAUGAGUACGUUGACGUCUUCUAUGGUCAUGGUUACCAUCAUCUUCUUAACACAAAUAACAUUGAAUUUAACAUUGGAGACCUAAGCAAGCAGAAAGAACUCCGGAAAAAACUUCAAUGUAAGAGCUUCAAGUGGUAUUUAGAAAACAUUUACCCUGAUAUACAAACAUCUUUAGUGAGAUCUGAUGGCUUGCUGUUUAAUGUUGGAACAAGGAAAUGCCUUGCUGUUGAAAAUGGCACAUUUUCAUUUGAAUUGUGUGAUAUUAAUAAAAAGAACCAGCACUUUAGCCAUUCAUGGUUAAGGCUAAUACAACAAAGGGACUUGUGCAUGGCGUUGUUGGACACCAAACGGGAAAUUGGCAUGAAACCUUGUAAUAAAAAAAGCAACAAUCUGAGGUGGCUCCAUCAGUCAUUUACAGCUGAUUCAACAUUAAUAGAUCAUAUCCUUUGGGAGGUCUCUCAGUUUCCUUUGUGUUUAGAAGGUAAUCUGUUUGGAAAAGUCUUGAUGAUAAACUCUUGUGAUCCAGAUAACUCCCGUCAGAAAUGGAAAUUUACGAACUAUUAUAAGGAUUAAUGGAGGUAAUGGUGCGAUGACAGCCUGUGGUGAUACGGGCAUUUUAAAGGGCUACCUGUUUGAAAUAUUAUUUGUUUGGGAUGAUGAUGCCAAAGCCAAUGACGUUGAACAAAAACGUAUGAUCUUAACCUCAAUAGCCUGAGAAGAAGUUUUAAAGAUAAAUAUUUCCAAGUGGUACCAAAGAGAACUGGAAUAUAGGGCAUUUUGCAAUACUUGGCUUGAAUCAUGAACAAUAAUAUUUUUCUGCUCUUACAGAAAAAUUAAACCUUAUGUUUCAUCUAAUAUGAUGUAAUUUCUCACCUACUUUAUAUUUAGAAAACUGGAAAUUAAUUUAUUACAACAAUAGUAAACACAAAUCACUUGAACUUGCUUUCAAAAUCAUACUUUGAUAUCUGUAUCAAAAAGAAAGCUUUAAGUAUUCAUCUAACUCACAAGAUGGGAUAAGAUAAAAAUAAUUAAAACAGUAUUUCUGUUUUUAGGUUUAAGUUUGUGUUUCAUUUGGUUCUAAUGAAAAGGGAAUUUUGCUUGCAGUCUUCUAUGAUGGAUUAGUGCUUCUAUUUUCAAAAAGUUUCCUUUUAACAUGAGCCUGAAUAUUUUGGACAAUACUCUAAGGAAUUUUCAUCUGAAUGUUAUAUAGCAAUUUGUAAUUCAAACGUGUAAUCAAGUUUAAUAACCACCAGAAAGUGUUUGUGACCAGCAAAAAGACCAAUAACAGUGAAGGAAAAUGUAAUAGUAAUAUUGUAAACCUGUGAUGUUGUAUGAGUAGACACAAUGCAAACGAAGCCUGUACUUGAACAAAAUGAGAAGUGACCUUCCCGAAUCGCACAAGAUUGUGAGAUGAGUAGACAGAGAGUUAGCGUUCCCCUGGCUGUAUCAGGUGUGAUACAAGUGUGGCCAUAUUCCAAACCACGAUGAGAAGUGUCUUCAAGCAAAGAAUGCUGAAUCUUCAGGAUUCACAAUGUAAGAGUGCUAUGGAGUCCGGUCACUGAGUAUGCUCAUCGAGAGACAGAUAGUUGUUUAAAUAUUUGGAAAAUAGAGAUACAUAGUGUUAGUGCUGGAAAGUGACAUAGAUGUAAAACAUCUACUUAACAUCUUGAAUGCCAAAGCAAGCGUGGGGAACUGAGGUAAGAAGCUAUUCUUGCUUGUCUGCCUUUGAACUCGUUGAGGGCAAACAAGACAUAAACAUCUGUGGAGCAGAUGACAGAAGAAUAGGCUGAAUUUCGUUAGUUGAACCCCUUCUUCCUUCCCCUCCCUUAUCCUGCCGUAUGGGUAUUUAUAGAACAAUCUGGUCUGGUGAGGGUCUUGUUUUACUUGAAAUCAGGUGUUCCAAACUUAGAAGCAGAACUUAAAUAGACUCAAAUAUUUACUUUCAGAAUCGCAGUAUAGCCUUAUUGGCACUAAUGGGAUGUGGGAAAUCCAUUGAUUGAUCAUCGUCACCUCUCCUCCUAUGUACACGUAUCACCUACACAGCCAAGCUGAUAGACAAAGUGCAAGUGUAUAAAUAGUAAUUGCUCCUUCUGGGAAGCAAAUCCCUUCCGCACCCCCCCCCCCACCUUUCUUUAUUCCCCACUCACACUUUUUUCUUCUUCUCACCUACUUAUUACUUCCCCCAAGUCCCCUCCUCCUUUCUCCUACAGUCCGCUCUCCUCUCCUGUCAGAUUACUUCUUCUCACCUUUCCCACCUACCUGGCUUCAUCCAUCACCUUCUUGCUACCUUCCUUCCGCUCCCUCACCUUUUCAUUUUGGUGUUCUCCCCCUUACUUCCCAAUCCUGAAGAAGGUCACCCCCCCCCCCAAAAAACAUCGACUUGUAGUCUCUUCCAUGGGUGCUGCUUGACCUUCUGAGUUCCUCCAGCAUUGUGUGUGUUGCUUUGAAUUUUGUUAGUGUUGGAACUCGAACAUGGUACUAUCACUCAUAGAGACAACGGUAAUCGAAGUUUUCCUUGCAACCGUUAAGGAAGAUUUACUUAAUUCCAAAAAUGCAAAUAUUGACAAUUGAUUGUUCAGAAAAGGGAUUUGUAUAUUAAAAAAACACAGCAAAGAGAUAUUUCUGCUUUGAACUUGGCACAACUUUUAGGUUAGACAUCUUGGAUGCCGGAAGAGGUUACGCUUUAAUUACAAAUACAUUGUCCAAUCACAUUGUCUACAAGCAGUGCAAUGUCCAAUGUCAAAAUAAUUUUGCACUGUUGUGAAAUAAAAGACUUUUCUCUAAUUUUGGUUUCUGUAAAUUGUAAACAACUCUUCGACGGAUAAUGGCUCACACAUUUAUUCCUCGGGAGCUGUUUCACUCAGUUUGCCGAUGAAAACAGGCCAAAGCUAAGUGGGAAUCAUGUUUUCAGCUUUAAUACUAAACUAUAUUUUAAUUCUGAAUAAUGCAAUAGAUUAGACAAAAAGAGAAAGUACUGCCUUCUGUUUGAGGAAUCUAGGUAUAAAAUUCUACUUAAAUGUUCGGUAAAUAAUUUGGUCACACUGCUGUAAAUAUCUCAUUUAUCACAAUUGUUUAACAUUUUAGUCAAAUAAUAAUUUCUUAUUACAGCUAAAUAUUUUGAGUCCCACUAGGUUAUUUGACUGCUUUUUUUUUGUCAUUUUGCUUUUAAAAACUGAUGGUCACUUUCUUAGCAUCUAAUGGUUUUACUAAGUUACACACAGAAAAUGCUGGAGGAACUCAGCAGGCCAAACAGCAUCUUUGGAGCAGAAUAAAUAGUUAAUGUUUCCCUCUUCAUCUCCACUCCCUACCCACCUACUUUCCCCCUCACCUGGCUUCACCUAUCACCUUCUAACUUGUUGUCCUUUCCCAUCCCCUGCUUUCUUAUUUUGACUUCUUUUUCGUUCUGAUGAAGGGCCUCGGCCCAGGACGACGAUUGUUUGCUGUUUUCCAAAGAUGUUGCCUGGUCAGCCGAAUUCCUCCAGCGUUUUGUGUUGUUGCUAUGGGUUUCCAGCAUCUGCAAAUUUUAUUAUUUGUUUUACAAAGCUGUUCUUUUUUCUCUUAUUUUAACCUAAGUAUUUAUUUGAAUUUGUCAAGUGGUGUGCUUCAGGCCUUUGUCAUUAUUAUUCAAAAUUGUAUCACAAAGGCAACGUGUCACCUCACAGAGAAGAAACUUGCUGCGGGAGAAGAUACUGAAUGAUGUAGAAUCUAUCCCCACAAAGAGCAAGAAGUUGAACAAUGUUGUGGUAAAUAUAAGCACCAGUAUGUUCCAUUGCACAUAUGGUGGUGAA